AUGCUCGCCAUCGCCAUGCCUAAGCCAGGCCGGGGCACGCCAGAAGAGGCACCGACAGCGGUAGCUGCAGAGGCAGAGGCGUUCCCGCUGCGUGAUAUGCUGGCGCGGCUGCUGGCUGCUGCUGGUGGAGAGGCGGUCGGUGGGUUUUUGUGCUGGCCACGAUCAGACGUCGGCGCGAUGUCCGUACAAGGACGGCGGCAGAAGGGCGUCUGCGGCAGGCAGCAGCGGCGCGGAGGCCCGUUUCCCUGGGAACCGCGGCGCGCACUCCGCCGACUUUCCCUACAGGCCAGCCCAAUAGCGCAGCUGCCGCCGCGGCGUGGCAUGGCGUGGCGUGGCGCGUGCCGCUACCAGAACGCGGCACCUGGCGUCGCCUGCCCUCGCCCGGCGCUACGAUACGAUACGCACCGCCCUCCCCUGGCUAAUUGCGUCGCCGGUGCUGCCGCCUUCCGCUUCCUGGCCGCACAAUGCACUCCAGUGCCGGGUGAGAGGUGUGCCGCCGGCGGAGCGCAGGGCAAACACGCCGGUCGGCGGCGCUCGGCGUCGUUAGCGGGCCGUCCUGGAGCCGGGCGUGCUAAUGAGCGGGCGACACCACCUGCUGUCCGGCGCGCCGGCCGGCCAAAGCUCCGGCCCGCGAUGGCGCUUUCCCAUAGCCCGCAGCCGCCGCCGACGCCGAGAACAGACCCUGCACUGUUGAGCGCUGUAUCUCUGCCAAGUACUCCCCUUGACUUUUAA